AUGGAAAACUCUAUAGGUAGAAGCUCUGAGCCUUAUCUUAUACCAACGACUAGGUGUUUUCCAAUAUCAAAAAUGCUAGAAAGGGAUUGUCUGCUGUCGUUCGGAGUCAUAGUCCAGCCUUUUCUUGAAAAUGAAGAACCCCUUCCAGAAGUGGCAUUUAGCGAUGAAGAAGUAAUCCGAUGUGGACAUUGUAAAAGUUACAUCAACCCUUAUGUAGAAUUUCUAGGUGGCGGGCAGCAUUGAAGAUGCAAUUAUUGUACUGGGAUAAAUAAAGUGCCAGCUUGAUAUUUCGCUCCUUUAGAUGAAAAUGGCAAAAGAUCAGAUUUAAGUAAACGACCAGAGCUUAAUAAUUGUUCAUAUGAAGCGAUUGCUCCGGAAGCUUAUAUUGCAAAAGCGCCUAUGGCUUGUGCAUAUUUAUUUGUUAUCGAUAUCUCUCAGAGAAGCAAGGAAACUGGAUUUUUGGAAGUUGUCUGUGAAACAAUACAGUCUUUGAUAGCAAAUGAGGAGUUCCCUGGGAUGCCUAGGACUGAGAUUGGGAUAAUUGGAUUCGACACAUCUGUGCAUUUUGUAUCUCUUUCUGGCAAUCCGACUAUUUUCACUGUGAGUGAAGAAUAUACAGAAAUCGAACUGCCAGUGCCAAAACAACAGUUUAUGGUAAACUUAGAAGAUUGUGGCAAAAAUGCAGCGAUUGCAUUGACUCAGCUUCAGUCACUUCCAGUAGCUCCUCAAUCUAUUGCAUAUAGAAACGCUCUUAAGGCUGCAUAUUUGCUAUUAAAAGAUCAAGGUGGAAAGGUUCUUCUUUUUCAAAGCGACACACAUCUUGAAGCUGGACAUCCCAGAGAAAUGAUUUUAAGCUCAACUCCUGAGAUUUACAAAGUAAUGGCUAACGAAUUUAAUCAUGCUUGCAUCAGUGUUGAUACCUUUAUAUCUGCAGCCCAAUAUUGUAAUCUCUUUACCUUAGGGACUAUUUCAAAAUUCACAGGCGGAGAAGUAUAUUAUUACUCCCACUUUACCAAAAAGCAAGGAGAAGAAAAGCUCCAAAACGAAAUAUGAGCAAGUGUGAAUCGAGAAACGUUUUGGGAAGGCGCCAUGAAACUUAGGAUCAGCAGGGAUUAUAAAGUAACACAAUGCUAUGGGCAUUUUUCUUUGAGAAGCGGAGAUGUGCUGUCUAUUCCUGCAUUAAAUGACUCACAGACUAUGACUUAUGUGAUACAGCUUGAGAACAACAUUGCGUCAAGUAAAAAGCUAUAUAUUCAAAUGGGAAUUCUUUAUACCUCGUCUAAUGGAGAAAGAAAAAUCAGAAUUCAUAAUCUUCUUGUGCCAGCUUCUAAUGAUAUGAAAGAUCUGUAUAAUGCAAUUGACGCAAGUGCAAUGAUUAACUUGAUUUCAAAACAAGCUGUAGACCAGGUUUCACAAACAAAUAAAAUUGAGCUGGGUAAAAGAAUUAUGGAGCAUAGGUGCAGAGAAAUAGUGACGACAGGGCUGAACCUUUUUGGAGAAAUUCCGAAAUCUCUAGAUAUAUUUAUUGUCAGUAUGCUUGGGAUGAUCAAGACUCCAUUAUUUACUUUUGAAAGUAUUCUUACAUAAGUUGAGUUUCAGCGAGUGGUUUUAAACUUUUAUAAUAAAAUAUCAGCUAAUUAAUUAAACUACCUCAGCAUAUGCAAUGUAAGCAUUAUUAUAGACAACAUCAACUUGGACAUCUACAAUUUUUUAAGGUACAAAUUAGAUGUUUGAAGUGCUACAGCCACUUCCAUCAUUAGUUAUCCAAGGCUGUAUCCUCUUCAUAUGGGAUAUGAUUUCACUCCUCUGAAUCUCAGUUUUAGCUAUUUGGAAGGAAGAGGAGCUUAUUUAUUGGACACAGGAAUUGAGAUGUUCAUAUGGAUAGGUAAGUUUUUAUAUAUGGGAGAGAAGCACCUCCUAGUCUGAUCCAACAAAUUCUAGGAAGAAUCGAAGAGGCUUCUCAUUUUCUGUACACAAGCCAAGAUAUUGCAGACCCUGAGCUGCUCGAGUUUAUCAGAUCAUGCAAAUGGUCUUGCGGAGUUUUCCAAGGGUUAUCAAUAUUUAUGAAUGGCGAUGCUAGAGAGCAAAGGUAAAAAUCAUUUAGUUUCUUUUCAAAAUUAGUUGAAGACGCUACAGUGCCACAUAUAACUUAUCCAGAGUUCUACGCUAGAGUCACUCAAAACCUCAGUGUUCAAUAUUCUGGUAAUAGAGUAGGGGGAAAUUUAGAUUAA